UAAGAUGAAGUUCUGGGGCCAAGGCUAGUGAAUCAAUAGGUAGUGCAGGAUCUAUUCUGUUAACAGUAACAAACCUGGAUGGGGUACUCAAAGAACAUGACAGGAUUCUCUGUUGUGAUCAGCCAGCCAAACUUGUGAAUGGGUUCCCUAGGACCCCUGCCCAGAACAACGUCAGCCUCCCAGAGCAAUCCUAGGCCAUAUCCAGCCAACCACCUGAGAGUGGAGGCGGAGGGACCAACUCUAAACACGUACACACACAUGUAAACAUACAUAGGCUCCAGUCCUGCUCCAGGUGUCUAGAAGGGAUGCAGACAUAGCCAUGAAUUACCUAGAUAGUGAGAAGAGCUCCUCCAAGGUGCUCCCAGAGUGGCUCCUUUUCAGGUGUGUGAAGUCCACUUGGAAACUUCCUUUUUCCUGAGUACCUGCCAGACUCUCUUUGUGCUAGAGGCCAGCCGGGUAGGAUGAGGUUGCAGUAAGGCCAACCCACCUCUGGAAGAGAACUCCAAGACCAGCAGAACUUCUCUGCUUAGAUCUUAUGUCAGUAAAGAUUUCAACUGAGGCUGGGACCAAAUCUUCCCUUUCUCUCUAUGCUGUGGGCAUGAAGGUGCCAGUUUCCCUGCUGACUGAUGAGGCCUGGGUGACCAUAGGACUUGCUGGAGCCUCUGUAAGGUGGGGGGUGGCACAGUUAUUCUUGGGUGUGCUAGGGUAGAGUUUCAGAUUUGUUUAUCAUUGUAGGAGGCACCUUGAGGCCAUGGGAGAGGCAACCAACUCAGCACUGACAUUCAUCCUGGUCUGGAGGGGGCCUCAGAUUUCCUUGUCUCCCUGUGUAUGCAUUCAGGGCACAACCGUAUUUCUUCCAGGAAAUUUGGGGGAAAGGUACUAGAAUACAGUGGGCCUUCACAAGUAGCCAAUGAGCGUACUGGCUAACACUGAAAUACACUUCACACCAACUGGCCUGGGGAUUGUGCAGGCCAGAGUCAGUACUAUUAAUAUCUGGUACAUGAGCCCUAACAGGAUGAUCCUCUUAUACAUGUGGCCUUGGCCUCUGAGACUAACAUUGUGUUCCCUUAGUGCAGUAGGGCUCCUGGGGCUACCUAGCUGCUGUGCCCCACCCCUUGUAUAUAGUAAGCUACUGCUGCCAGCCUAGGUAGGGGUCCAAUACCAUCUAGCUCUUCUGCUGUGCCGUCCACAGGAGUGAUUCUACCCAUGGAGGACUAGUUCAGGUGGUCAGAAAGCCCAAGCUGUCCUUGGGGACGACAGUAGUUCUAAGAGAGAGUGAUACUCUCACUGCUAGCCCUAGACCACACAUACUUGGGCCACCCCACUGUCCAGGGACACCCACCUCUGAGCCCUCUGUACCUACCUGCAUCCUUGGCAAUGAGCAGCCCCCCAGCUUACCCUGGCAUCAGGAUCUCAGGGUGCUGGACUCUUGGAGCAGAAGGCAGCAGCAACGCAGGGUCCUUGGACAGACUCCUCCCACCAGUGGGUACCAGGCGCUCGCCCCGGAAGCGUACCACCAGCCAGUGCAAGUCAGAGCCACCCCUGCUUCGCACGAGCAAACGCACCAUCUACACAGCCGGGCGGCCACCGUGGUACAAUGAACAUGGCACACAGUCCAAGGAGGCCUUUGCCAUUGGCUUGGGAGGUGGCAGUGCAUCUGGGAAGACCACUGUAGCCAGGAUGAUCAUUGAAGCGCUAGAUGUGCCCUGGGUGGUCCUACUGUCCAUGGACUCCUUCUAUAAGGUUCUGACCCAGCAGCAGCAGGAACAGGCUGCCUGCAACAACUUCAAUUUCGACCACCCUGAUGCCUUCGAUUUUGACCUCAUCAUUUCGACCCUCAAGAAACUAAAGCAGGGCAGGAGCGUCCAAAUACCCAUCUAUGACUUCACCACCCAUAGCCGGAAAAAGGACUGGAAAACACUAUAUGGUGCAAAUGUCAUCAUCUUUGAGGGCAUCAUGGCCUUUGCUGACAAGACACUGCUGGAGCUCCUAGACAUGAAGAUCUUUGUAGACACAGAUUCUGAUAUCCGACUGGUACGGCGGCUACGCCGGGACAUCAGCGAGCGAGGUCGGGAUAUUGAGGGCGUCAUUAAACAGUACAACAAGUUUGUCAAGCCUGCCUUCGAUCAGUAUAUCCAGCCCACCAUGCGCCUGGCAGAUAUUGUAGUGCCCAGAGGGAGCGGGAACACAGUAGCCAUUGACCUGAUUGUGCAGCAUGUUCACAGCCAGCUGGAAGAGAGGAAGCUGCGUUGGGAUAUGGCUGCGUUGGCCUCAGCCCACCAGUGCCAUCCCCUUCCCCAGACACUGAGUGUCCUCAAGAGUACACCACAGGUACGAGGCAUGCACACCAUCAUCAGGGACAAGGAGACUAGCCGGGAUGAAUUCAUUUUCUACUCCAAAAGAUUGAUGCGGCUGCUUAUUGAACAUGCACUGUCCUUCCUACCCUUCCAGGACUGCACUGUACAGACCCCACAGGGGCAGGACUACGUGGGGAAAUGCUAUGCUGGAAAGCAGAUCACCGGCGUGUCCAUUCUGCGAGCAGGGGAAACCAUGGAGCCUGCGCUGCGUGCCGUGUGCAAGGAUGUGCGCAUCGGCACUAUCCUCAUCCAGACCAACCAGCUCACAGGGGAGCCUGAGCUCCACUACCUAAGACUUCCCAAGGAUAUUAGUGAUGACCACGUGAUCCUCAUGGACUGCACAGUAUCCACAGGAGCCGCAGCCAUGAUGGCUGUACGUGUGCUCCUGGACCAUGAUGUGCCCGAAGACAAGAUCUUCUUGCUAUCCCUGCUCAUGGCAGAGAUGGGUGUGCACUCUGUGGCCUAUGCGUUUCCACGUGUGAGGAUUAUCACCACAGCUGUGGACAAGCGUGUCAAUGACCUUUUCCGUAUCAUCCCAGGCAUCGGGAAUUUUGGCGAUCGCUACUUUGGGACAGAUGCAGUUCCUGAUGGCAGUGAUGAGGAAGAGACAGCCUCUGUGGGUUAGUUCCCAGUCUGAGCUACUCUCAUUUCUAUCUAUCCAGCCUCCUGACUGCUGGUCUGGGAUUGCAGAGACAACACAUUAACUUAUUUGAAUUUAAAAAUGUUACCAAUGAUAAUCAGUUUACAAAAUAAAGCUUUAGAAAAAUGAAGGUGUAGCAGAAUGUAUUCUGGGUGGACUCCGCUGAGGCAGUCUCCCCAAGGUGUUUGUAGUAGUCUGAUUAGGUUUAGCCCCCACAGAUUCAUGUGUUUGAAUGUUUAGCCCACAGGGAGUGGCAAUAUUAGGUGUGGCCUUGUUGGAAAAAGUGUCAUUGUGGGGGGUGGGCUUUGAGGUCUCAUA